AUGUCGACUAGAUCUCGGUGCACAGUUCAUCGUUGUAAACAGCUUAUUUCUUCUUUCUCAAACACGUUUAUGUCAAUGGCGACAGAAGCGAAUAAAAAAUCUAAUAAAGAUUGGUGGCAUCACUCUGUUGUAUAUCAAAUUUAUCCGCGUUCAUUCUAUGAUUCUAACGGGGAUGGUAUCGGUGAUAUUCCAGGUAUCACAAUGAAAUUAGAUUAUUUGAAGAAAUUAGGUGCUGAUAUCAUUUGGUUAAGUCCUAUUUAUGAUUCACCUAAUUAUGACAAUGGGUAUGAUAUUCGAGAUUAUCAACGAAUUAUGACUGAAUUCGGCACAAUGAAAGACUUUGACGUCUUGCUGAGAGAAAUGAAGAAACGUGAAUUAAAAUUAGUUAUGGAUUUAGUUGUUAAUCACACUAGUGAUGAACAUCCAUGGUUUAUUGAGUCGAAGAAAGGCAAAGAUAAUCCAUACAGAGAUUUUUAUCAUUGGCAACCCGGAACGGACGGACAUCCGCCAAAUAAAUGGCGCGCUUGCUUUGGCGGAUCAUGCUGGACAUAUGAUAUUCUUACUGGUGAAUACUAUCUGCAUACGUUUACAGAAAAACAACCAGAUCUCAACUGGGAAAAUCCUCGAGUACGUGAAGAAGUCUAUAAAAUCAUGCGGUGGUGGCUAGAUAAAGGUGUUGAUGGAUUUCGCAUGGACGUUAUCAAUUUCAUAUCGAAAGUACCUGGCUAUCCUGAAGGUAGUUUCAUUGAUGACGGACAAUACACCGACGGCUCACGAUUCUUUAUCAACGGGCCAACUGUUCAUCAACAUCUGCAGGAAAUGCAUGAAAAAGUUUUGCAACAUUACAAUGUUGUUACUGUUGGCGAAUGUCCAGGCGCUCAUCUGAAAGAUGCUGAGUUAUUCAGUUCACCUGCACGAAAAGAAUUAAAUAUGAUCUUUACCUUUGAGCACAUGGAUUUAGACGGUGGCAAAUGGACGCCGAAAUUGCUCAAUUUAAGAGUUUUAAAACGAUUCUUUACUACAUGGCAACAAGGUCUCUACAAAAAAGGAUGGAAUAGUUUAUAUUGGAAUAAUCAUGAUCAACCGAGAAUCGUGUCACGAUGGGGAAAUGAUUCCGAGCCAUAUCGCGUUAUCUCCGCUAAGAUGUUGGCGACUUGCUUACAUUUUCUUUGCGGUACCCCGUAUAUUUAUCAAGGCGAAGAAAUUGGUAUGACUAACGUUCGUUUUCCGUCCUUAGCCGAUUAUCGAGAUAUCGAAACGACAAAUUUUCAUCGGGAUGCUGUUAAUCAAGGUCUACCUCUCGAUACUAUCAUGGCCGCUGUCUAUGCUAAAUCACGAGAUAAUGCGCGAACGCCUGUCCAGUGGUCUGGUCAAUUACCGCAUGGUGGUUUUAGUGAAGGAGCCGUGGAUGUAAGUCCAUGGAUCGGUGUGAAUCCUAAUUAUACAUAUAUCAACGUUGAACAAGCAUUGAGUGAUCCGCAAUCGAUAUUUUAUUAUUAUCAGAAGCUUGUUGAAUUACGUCGUCAAAUGCCCAUUAUUGUUCAUGGAAAAUAUGAUAUACUUCAUGAAGAGAAUACACAUAUAUUUAUGUACAAACGCUCGAACGAUAACGGGCAAGAAUUGAUUGUUGCAUGUAAUUUUAGUCAACAACCGAUUAAAAUUGAUGAUAACCAACUUUCUCAACGAUUACGAAAUCACAAACAAAUUUUAAUUAGUAAUUACGAACAAAAAGGAAAAGAAGAUUGGUUAGAUUUUCGUCCAUAUGAAGCAUGGGCACUUGAAACCGCUUAA